AUGGAGAAUGUUGAUUAUAUGGAAGAUGAUGAUAUCGGUGGACCGAAUAUGGAGGAUGACGAUCACAUGGAAGAUGAUCACGUGGAAGAUGAUGAUAUCGGUGGACCGAAUAUGGAAGAUGACGAUCACAUGGAAGAUGAUCACGUGGAAGAUGAUGAAUUCGAUGAUGAGGACUACACAUCGAUAAGUGAACAAAGCGCUGAAGACCAAUCAAUUUCCGAAGGGAGUCGAGAGAGUGAUGAAGAGGUUGAAGACAAAUUCGCCAUAAAUGACAGGCACAUAUAUCGUUCACAGGGUAAAUGGGAUCAUAUAAAAGUGGACAAGGAUGAAUUUCAGCUUACUAUGUGGGAUCGGACAACCGCAACAAUCGGGAAAGGGACGUGUUUUAAGAACAAGAUCGAUGCAAAAAAAUGGUGGAAAUACUCAAAAUCCAAAUCGAAGGUCGUCGCUCAUUGUGUUGUUGGCUUCACGGAUCAGUUAUCUAGACUAAGGGAUGGUGAUUUUCUGUGGACUCUAUACACUCCCUUCAUCGACGUUCUCCCUGAUUUCUGUAAAGCAGGGACUCAUAUGUACCUUUGCAGGACGUGGAUCUUUUGUUGGGCCGUCAGAGAACCAUACGAGCCCAAUCAGGUCCUUCGUCAGUUUUGGUGUAAGCAAGCUAGGCCAGAGGCACCGUUAAUUCGUGACAGGGAUCGCUGGAAAGCAAUACACUACGGGGACUUAGCGACUGGAAAGGCAUAUGAUGAUUGGGUGCUAAAACAAAGCAAGGUACAACCUCAUUGGAAUGUGAGAGAAAAGAAAGUGGUCCCUCAUGAGUUGGUUGAUCCGGCUCUUGGUCCUCAGUGCACAGUAGAUUACAUGCCGUGGUUUCAAAGGAGGACUGUCAGAUUUAUCACUGAUCCCACCCAAUACGGCACUUUGGCACAGGGUUAUCACUGGACUUCAUCCCGAGAGAGAUUUUAUAUAAGAUUUAUGUCGUUGUUUUAA